UCCUGAGCGAGCCUUUUGGGCUGAGCUCGGUUCGGCCCAAAGAAAAGACAACGUCUUUUUCGUGGAGCGUGUUUGUGAUACCGCCAGAUCCAAAUUCAAAUUUCACUCUCCCUCACUCUUCCUUCGUCUCUCUCUCUCUCGCUCAUCCUCUCUCAAAGUCUCAAGCCCUAACUUUCUGAUCAUCUAUCUCCUCCAAAUUCCUCUUCAAUUGUACUCAAAUCUGUAUCUCCCUCCAUUUAUCUUCCUUCAUUGCUGACUGUCCCUUCACGAGAUCGACGUCCCAGAUCGAGCUCUGAUUAUGCGAUACAGUGGUGUAAGCCAGGAAGCUUCUUGAAGAAAACUUUCAGUUUUGGCCCGACUGGUUUUCCUCGGCUCCGAAUGAUGUUUUCACGUAACCAGAAUAGACCUCCUCGUAGUCCCUCUACUAAAAAGGAUGUAAAUGAUGAUGCUCCCUUGGACAAGCGGAGAAGGAUUGGAAUGUCCAGAACGGCAGGACAGAUGGGGAAUGGCCCUAGGAGGCAGCCAUUUUCUGCGGUCAAUAGUCGGCAAGAUGUUCCAGCUGCUGCCGAUUCUAGCAGUACUGAAGUUACAGAGAGUGCCAGUGUUGACUUCACGAAGGAAGAAGUUGAGGCAUUGCUGAAUGAGAAGUUGAAACUAAGCAAGCUCGAUCUCAAGCAAAAGAAAAUGGAACAAAUGGUUGAUAUUAAUAAGAGGCUCAAACUCUGUGUCAAAUGGUUUCAACGAGUUGAGGACAGCCUUCACCUUGAGCAGGAAAAACUUCGCAAUGCAUUGGAACUCUCUGAAAAAAAGUGCAAUGAUACUGAGGUGGAGAUGAAGUCCAAGGUUGAGGAGCUCGAUGCAAUAAAUCUGGAUUUGAGGAGAAGUGUUGCUACUUUAGAAGAAAAAGUUGCAAAGGAAGAAUCGGAUAAGUUGGAUGCAAUUGACUGUUAUAAAAGAGAAAAAGAGGCAAGGUCUGCUGCUGAGAAGUUGCAAGCUUCUCUCUCAGUUGAGCUUGAGAAAUCUCGUCAAGAGAAAUUAGCUGCUGAUCAAAGGGUUUCGACAAGCGAGGAUUUGUACAAUCGAGCGCAAGAGUACAACAAGAGUCUACAACAAUACAACAGCAAACUCCAAACAGAUCUUGAAAUGACAAGUGAGUCUCUUAAGCGAGUUGAAAUGGAGAAACUGACUAUUGUGGAGAACCUUAGCAAUCUAAGGGGUCACAAUAAGGCAUUGCAGGACCAAUUGACUUCUUUUAAGGCUUCACAGGAUGAGGCUAUAAAGCAAAAAGAGUCAUUAGUGAAUGAACUCAGAUGCCUUCGAGGGGAACUGCAGCAAGUGAGAGAGGACCGUGAUCGCCAAAUUGCACAGAUGCAGGCUUUGGUUGCUGAGAUAGAGAAGUACAAAGAAUAUACUGGGAAGUCAUGUGCAGAGUUGGACACUUUGACAAUAAAAUCAAAUGCCUUGGAGGAGACAUGCUCAUCACAAAGGGAGAGGAUACGUAUGCUUGAGCAUCAAUUAGCUGCUGCAAAUGAGAAAUUAAAGAUGGCUGAUUUAUCUGCUUCAGAAACAAGGACAGAAUAUGAAGAGCAGAAGAGGAUUGUGUGUGAGCUACAAGAUCGCCUGGCCGAUACAGAGCUCCAAGUUAUAGAAGGAGAAAAAUUACGGAAGAAGCUGCACAACACUAUUCUGGAGCUAAAAGGGAACAUUCGAGUAUUCUGUAGAGUGCGGCCAUUGCUGCCUGAUGAUAAUGCUGGGACAGAAACUACUGUCAUUUCUUAUCCUACAUCAACUGAAGCUCUAGGUCGGGGUAUUGACUUGUUACAAAGUGGGCAGAAAUAUCCUUUUACAUUUGACAAAGUGUUUAAUCAUGAGGCAUCGCAGCAAGAUGUUUUUGUCGAAAUAUCACAGCUGGUGCAGAGUGCACUUGAUGGCUAUAAGGUUUGCAUAUUUGCUUAUGGUCAGACGGGGUCUGGUAAAACCUAUACCAUGAUGGGCAGGCCAGAGGCCUCGGAGCAGAGAGGGUUAAUACCCCGUUCUCUUGAACAAAUAUUCCAAAUUAGUCAGUCUCUUCAAUCCCAGGGAUGGAAAUACAAGAUGCAGGCCUCAAUGCUAGAAAUAUACAAUGAGACAAUCCGUGAUUUGUUAUCUACAAAUCGAUCAAGUACCGCUGACAUGAUGCGAACUGAAAGUGGUGUUGGUGGAAAGCAGUAUACAAUUAAACAUGAUGCAAAUGGAAACACACAUGUUUCUGACCUCACGAUUAUUGAUGUUUGUAGCAUAAAAGAGGUCUCCUCUCUUCUACAUCAGGCUGCUCAGAGCAGGUCAGUUGGCAAGACACAAAUGAAUGAGCAGUCAUCAAGGAGCCAUUUUGUGUUUACUUUGCGUAUAUCUGGUGUAAAUGAGGGCACCGAGCAACAAGUUCAGGGGGUCUUAAACCUUAUUGAUCUUGCUGGAAGUGAGCGGCUGUCAAAAAGUGGCUCAGUUGGAGAUCGUUUGAGGGAAACUCAGGCUAUAAACAAAAGCUUGUCGUCUUUAAGCGAUGUUAUAUUUGCUCUGGCCAAAAAGGAGGACCACGUUCCUUUUAGGAACUCAAAACUUACAUAUCUUCUCCAGCCUUGUCUAGGAGGGGAUUCAAAGACCUUAAUGUUUGUGAAUAUCUCCCCGGAUCCUACCUCAAUUGGCGAGUCGCUUUGUUCUCUUCGAUUUGCAGCCAGGGUGAAUGCCUGUGAAAUUGGGAUUCCUCGUCGUCAGACAACUAUGCGCCUUACAGAUUCUCGCUUGAGUUAUGGCUGAAGAAGUGGUGUUUUCGGUUGUCUUUGCAUGCUACAUGUAUAUUUGUAGCAGAGUAACAGUUAUAUGUACGAGUCAUGAUUGUAGUAUGUAAAAUGGAGUGAUUUUCGGUUUUGUAUCCAUUGUUUGUAGAUGUUUUGCUUGAAGUUGAAGCUACUACUAAUUUGUACUUGUACAUUUAUACUGACAUUAGGGAUCUUUUUCUUGGGAUUCCUAGGACAGUAUAAAUUUAUUAUCAUAGUAACAGUCACUGAUUUUUUUAUGAACGUUCAUCAUUUGAUGAAUACAUGAAAAAGGAAUUGUGAUUAACACCAGUCUAUAAGUUUAAAUUUCAUUUUUGGAUCCACUUAUAAUACUCCUUGAGGUGUUCCAGAUUUUGCUGUUAUAGCUAUCCAUCCCAAGCAAAGUAUCGAGACCUUUGAAUUCAGAUAUUUUAACCAUGUAUAUAUACUAUGACAUAGUAUUGAAGAAAACUUUUUCUUUUCCCCCUGAAGAAAAUGUAGAUUUAAGGGCUUUAAUUUAUGGAUCAAACAAAUUUAUUAAAAGUUUUGAUCAGUGUGAUGUGAUAAAAUUCUAGUUAAAAAAUUUAAUAAGAUCAAAUAUAAAUUUAGUAAAACAGUUUAAAUUAAUUAAUAUUUAGAAAAAUUGAUAAAUAAAUUCCACAGUUCAGUUCAGUCAUUAUGAUACCCGUUGUCAUAAGCCUCCUACCAUCUCUUUCUCUCAUGGUACAUUAAGCUAUAGGAAAUUUCUACAAUACCCAAAAAAAAAAAAAAAAAAAAAAAAAAAUGAAGGUGGUUUUGCUAUCGCCGCCAUGAAUUCUCGCUUAGUGAAUCUUUGGACAAAAAUCCAUAACCUUGCCGUUGGUGCUUUCUUCAGGCAUUUGGUGGGAUUGCAUAUGAACAAUUCGAAGCUUCAGAGUUAAGAAUUUCAGCGGGAAAAUGAGGCAGUCAAAGUCCUUUCUUCUUCCAAUACUUGCCAUCUCCUUUAGCCAUUGAAGGUACAUGAUGAUUUUGCUCUAGUUUAGAUAAGUUUCAUUUCCCCCAAAAGGAUAAAAAAGGGAAAUACCUACUUUGUCCAUAGCGAGAAAGAGACAGUGGGUCCAACUUCAAGCCAAUCAUAUUCUUCUAAUCUGAUCGAGCAUAUGAGUCACGUACGCUUGACUGCUGGGAAACAACAAUAAAAGUCCCCUGUUCCUGUCUUGUACUGGGACCAGCAUCGAUAUACUAGAUAUAGUUUUGAAGAAGAAGAGACUAGAGAGAAGGAGAAGAGAGAGAAAGAGAACGAGAAGAAGAAGAUGGAAGGCCAACAACAAGUGGAGCAGCAGAUUAAAUCUAAAGCGGUGAAGGUUGAUUCUGUGGAGUCAUGGGACUCAUUUGUUGGCCAAGCCACCAAUCAAGGCUGCCCUGGGUUUUAUAUCACUCUCUCUUGAGAUAUUGUUGUAGAUUGUUGUACACUUCACUGCUUCAUGGUGCAUGCCUUCUGUGGCUAUGAACCCAUUUUUCGAAGAGUUGGCCUCAAGCUUCCCAGAUGUUCUGUUUCUCACUGUUGAUGUUGAUGAAGUCAAGG